ACCGAAGCUUUACAACCCAUCCGAAAAUGUAACAAUAGAUGAACAGCUGGUAGCAUUCAGAGGAAGAUGUCCUUUCCGACAGUACAUACCAUCAAAGCCCGCGAAGUAUGGAAUCAAGUUUUGGGUACUUUGUGAUUCUGCAACAAGCUAUGCUUGGAAUAUUCAACCUUAUACUGGUAAGGAAAUCGGAAAUACACCUGAAAGAAAUCAAGGUAUGCGUGUAGUCCUUGCUUUGGUUGUAGGGCUAAAGGGGCAUAAUCUUACGACUGAUAACUUUUUCACAUCUUAUCAACUGGGACAAAAACUACUAGAGAAACAGAUCACACUAGUUGGAACUAUACGCAAAAACAAGCCCGAAUUACCACCAGCAACAGUCAAUAUAAAAGGAAGACCAGUUUUGUCAUCAAGUUUUGCUUUUACUAGGAAUACUACUAUUGUGUCUUAUAUCCCGAAGAAAAAUAAAUCUGUGAAUCUUCUAAGUACAUUUCAUCAUGACUCGAAAGUGAGUGAUCGUGCAGAUAAAAAGCCAGCAAUAAUUCUAGACUACAAUAAAUGUAAAGGCGGUGUAGAUACAUUGGACAAAGCAGUUAGUUGCUACACUUGCAAAAGAAAGACUAAGCGAUGGCCUCAAGUGGUGUUCAGCAAUAUGGUCAAUAUAACUCAGCCGGAAAGCAGUACAGGAAGGAAAACAACCAAAAGGAGCCGAUGUCAAUUAUGUCAAAAAACAGAUAAUAAAACAGGUUUAGUUUGCGACAUUUGUAAUAAAUUUAUAUGUAAAGCAGCAUUCUAAAACCAUCACUUUGUGUUCAAACUGUAAUAACUAAUAAUAAUUUUUUC